AGUCCGGUGAGGGAUUUUCUGGCGCUGCAGAUCAGAUAUGUUCUCCAUGACAGAUCCCACUUUAAAGGUUCAAUGUAUUUACUUCCUUAUGUUGAUCGGAUUUAGCCUACUGCUUUUCCAAGAACAUUUCGUGUUUCACUCGUGUAAACGCGAUCUGAGCUGAAGUUUCCCUGCGGUUUAGCUCGUUUAGAAACUGAUCGAACGCUUUGAGACUCAACGGAACGGUUUAACAGCUACAAUGGACACCUUUUACUGAUCUUGUACAGAAAUAUGAAGACGUUUGUUUUAUUUUUUGUUACGUUACUCGUGGAUGGUGUGUUUGGUUAUACGGAUGAAGUGAAGUCCGUGUCAGUGAUGGAGGGAGAUUCUGUCACUUUAUAUACUGAUCUUACUGAAAUACAGAAAGCUGAUCUGAUACUGUGGACGUUUGGAUCUGAAAGCACACGUAUAGCUCAGAUCAACAGAUUGGUUAAUAAGAUCUCUAUAUAUGAUGAUGUUCUUGAUGGGAGAUUCAGAGACAGAUUGAAGCUGGAUAUUCAGACUGGAUCUCUGACCAUCACAAACACCACAACUGAACAUGCUGGACCCUAUGGAUUUUUGCAGAUCAUUGAUGGAAAAGAGGUCACACCCAAAAAAUUCAGUAUUAUUGUUUCUGCUCAUCUGCCUGUUCCUGUCAUCAGCAGAAACUCUUCUCAGUGUUCUUCACCAUCAGGAUCAUCAGCAUCCAGAUGUGUGCUGGUGUGUUCAGUGGUGAAUGUGAGUCAUGUGACUCUCUCCUGGUAUAAAGGAAACAGUUUAUUGUCCAGCAUCAGUGUGUCUGAUCUCAGCAUCAGUCUCUCUCUACCUCUGGAGGUGGAAUAUCAGGAUAAAAACAGCUACAGCUGUGUCCUCAACAAUCCCAUCAGCAACCAGACCACACAUCUGGACAUCACUCAACUCUGUCACACAUGUUCAGCACCAGGUUUGUCCGCAAGUCAUAUAGCGCUGGCUUGCUUUAGUGUUCUGGCUGUGGCUGCAGUUUUGUGUGGUAUUUUCUAUUACUAUCACCACAGGAGGUCGAAAAAAGCAGGCCAACCUGAUGGAGAAGAAAAUAUUAGGCUAACUAAUGAUGUAGUUAUUGGAAACGCUGGGGACGCUAAUCGGCCGAACAUUGCAGAUGGAGAAACGCCUGAUCAGGGGAGACAUUCACAAAACAAUACUUUUGUGGAGAAAGAUGAAGUUAAGUCAGUGUCAGCAAUGGUGGGAGAAACUGUCACGCUACACACUGAUGUCACCGAAAUACAGGAAAAUGAGCUGAUAUGCUGGAAGUUUGCCGAUUCCAAAGUAUACGAACUCGCUGAAUUUUUUGUCAUCGCUAAAUGGGAUAAAACAAACAAUGAGGAAUACCUACAUGAUGACAAAAAAUUCAAAGACAGCUUGCAUCUGGACCACAAUACUGGAUCUCUGAUCAUCACAAACGUCACACCUAAACACUAUGGACAUUACAAACUGCACAUCACCAGUGAGGGACGGAAGAUCUCAAAGACGUUCAAUCUUGUUGCUCAUGUCCCAAAGAAAAGACAGAGUACAAUCCUGAGGAGAGAAACUUGCCCUUGAUAACAAAAUGGCAGUAUAUAUAAUCCACAUGUCAGUUCAAUUGCCAAAACAAUGGAACAUAGUUCUACUUUUUUAUACAGCCAUCUAAAAUCCCAAAUAUACUUUGUGUGUGCGCAGUUUAAGCUGACAUAAAACAGUAGUUUGUCACACUACACCUAUCUGACAGGAGACAGUAGCUAAUUACUGUAAACAUAAGAGUAAACAGCUAAACCAUUGUCACACUGUAUGCAAAUCAUUUUUUUAUUAUAUUUUAUUCUUUCCCCUUAUAUUUUUUCAUGCAUUCACAAGGUGUCCUGGAAGAACAACAAAACUAUUUUGUUUUUUCACUAUUUAAUUGUAGUGUCUUUGCAAUUUGUAUAGGCCUAUUGUAAAAAAAAAAAAAA